AUGCCUACAAUUAUUGAUCUUAAGAAGAGCUUCGCUUCUGUCCCAUGGUGCUCAGAACUUCUCAGUAACCCCGAUGUUGAAGCGUGCAUUCCUCCGUGCCGAGCCGGCGAAAAGGAUACUACAUAUGAGCUCUGGGAAAGGACUUUGAACACUUCAAACACCAUCCCAGAGUUCCUUGCCCUUUACACAAGAACAGAGAACCCGAAUUCACGUAUCCACGAUAUCAAACUCCUCGCCAAUUUAAACAACGGGCUGGACGGGUUUCCUGGCGUUUGCCAUGGAGGAAUGGUCGCCACCUUGCUGGAUGAGUCCAUGGUCUCGCUCAUUCUGAUAAAUAUCCGCCGCGGGGCACUUGCUUGCCCUUGGUACGGUACUGUCUCUCUUAACAUGUCGUUCCAGAAGCCCGUCAAGACGCCAACCACAGUGCUGGUAGCAGUGAGUCUAGACAAGGUAGAGGGGCGCAAGCUGCUCAUCACAGCGACUCUGCAGGAUGGAUCGGGAAAGGCACUUGCGAAAUCAAGUGCUGUAUUUAUUGGUUUAGAUGGAAAACUAUGA